AUGCCUGCUUCCAAGAUCCCAGAGACUUUCGAUAACGUCAGCAACAAGGGCGCUGCGAGUAUCACCGACGAAGUUGAAGAGAUGGACGACUUCGUCCUCGUAUCCCCUGGCGACUACCCAGAGGCACCCGCACCAUCCUCUACUGCUGCGAAAGAUGUCUGGACCGAGAUUAUUAAGAUCACCCGAACCGAAGAUGGUCUCUUCGACAAGGGCGAAAAACACGUCACCGCCGUCGAGACCUGCCGCUACCACCUCCGCCCCGCCGAAUGCCUUAAGACAUGUAGUAGCACAUUCAAAUGCGAUGCUUGCCUAUCACUGAUCGCCGGUCUCGAGACCCUUGCCAACUGCGCCUGGGAAUGGUCCAACGAGAGCAAGCCGUUCCAAGACAACAUCAGCAAUAUCAUGCACUGUCUGCACUGCCUCCCCUUUCACUUCCAAGAAGGUCUCUACAGUGUCAUUGAAGCUGUAAUGGACCACGAAGAGAACUGGCCGACGGCGGACCGAGAGAACUGCGAGCUGUGGGGGUUCAAGAUCUCUGCUGCUUUAUGGUUGCUUCGCCUGGGUGUUCAUGGUUUGGCUUGGGCGCUCGAGGAGGGUAAGGAGUGGCGUCUUGUGCUGGCCGAGACGGAGCGGUCGUGGUAUGAGGGGCUUGUCGUUGCUGAUGAGUAUGAGGAGGCUGUUGAAGAAACGAAGCGUUUUACCAAGGCUUUCCGCAAGUGGGGUGCGAGCGUUGAUGCUGAGCGGCGCGCUCAGUCUUCGGCUUAG